UUAUUCAGAGAAACACUGUCAGUUUAGUGCUUGCUCUUUGAAUUGGUUGUAUUUAAGUGUUAAGCGCAAAAUGUAGAUAGGGAAUAUUUUGGAGAAUUGUUUUGGAGAAGCAGAAAGGCGCCGAGAUCAGGGGGGCUAACUAAUACUAGAAAGUUGGUGGUGACUAAAGUCAGUGCAGUGAGUUUGGUGGGUCUUAGUCCAGUACUCUGUGGAGAUGUAGCAACAACACACAUGCUCUCAGACAACCACAAUGAGCCAGAGAAAGCAAAUCUGUCUCUCCAUAUGGGAAGUGUUUAUAUUGAGGAAGUGGUACUUCUGCCUUGAGGAUAAAAUGGAGGCUUAACAAAUUAGCAAUCUGGCAACCAGCAUUAAGUUCAAACCCCAGUCAUUAUUGAGAGGAGAGACGAUAAAAAGAACUAACCUAUAGAGUGCGUUAUAGAGGUCUCGCUAGCUAGUGUUCUAACUGUGGACGUGAAUGUGCCCGACCUCUUUGCCUUGUUUCACCAACUCAGGUGAUUCCAAGCCAAGCAUUAAUGGUUUCUCAUGUCUCCUUUCUUUUGUCCCUUUAGAUCAAUCAUGAUGCUUUGGUCCACACAUCCUGAAGAAGACUCUGCUACCAAUAUCUUCAUUUCCAGCUAAAUAUACGUGGCUGUAACAGCUGCCAUGGAAACGUGCUGUACAGAGGAGGCCGUUGGAACCAGCUCUCCAUCUGUCAUCUGCAGGCAAGUUGAGGGAGGGGACCGGAAGCAGGAGGAGAGCAGAGCAGGUGACCGGCUGCCUGAAUGGAGCGAUGUUUCAGUUGUGGCUGUGGAGCAGGCACCCCCUGGCAAGCUGAAGAAAACUGCCUUCAAGCUCUUUGGGGGGAAGAGGAGCAUAUGCACCCUGCCAAGCUUCUUUGGAGGAAAAAAUAAAGGCCAAGGGAAGGGAGCCUCCAAAAAGGGUCUCAGUAAAAGUAAGACACACGAUGGGAUCAGCGACGUUGCAUAUGAGGAUGGGAAAGGGAGGUUGCGGUUGGAGAGCCCCUUGAAUGGAGGGAUGGACUCGCAUCCUCGCCCGCUGCCAAGCUCUCAGAGCGCUCACUUGGCAACAGACGCCAGCGUCAAAUUUGAGUUUGGCAGGCAGGAGAGCUCUCCCUUGGGGAGUGCCGAGGGCUUUGAGAAAAAGCCCAAUGGAGACAAAUCGUUGUCCUUCCCUAGACCCAAGAAAGGGCUGAAGGGUCUUUUCAACAGCAUCCGGCGCCACAGAAAGAACAAAACGGCUGAGUCUGAGAAAGCGGAGUGGGCUGCUGAUUGUGGGGAUGGAAAGCAAGCCAAGAAAACUCGAGAGGCGGGGGCUGAAACCCAGCGAGCCUCUGAGGAGGAGAGUCCAAGAGGCACCCCUCUCCCCGCACCAUGCACAGGGAGGUUGGAUGGUAACUGCUCGCUGAGCACAACGACCAACCUGGGAGAAAACACCGACUGGCUCAUGGCUGCUCAAAGUAGCUCGGAAGGAGAUGCAGCAAUGGUGCCAGUGGGCAAAGACGAUAUUCUAGAUGUGAAAUUGGAUGCAGAGACUAUUGUCUGUGCCAGCUCCUCCUACGGUGGCCUCCCAGAUGCACACCAUCCUGACUACCCAGACAACGACCCCCCUUCAGUACACUCCGGAGACCAGCUCAGCUUGAUCUUUGGAGAUGUCACUUCCCUUAAAAGUUUUGAUUCCCUCACUGGGUGUGGAGACAUAAUUGCUGAGCCAGACAUCGACAGUAUUGCUGAGAGCACGAUCUCCGUGGAGCGCAGUAGAGACGCUGCCAAGAGAAGCUCAUGCCUUGUCACUUACCAGGGAGGAGGGGAGGAGAUGGCCAGGCCAGAGGAGAUAGAGGAGUACCUCCAGCAGCUGUGGGAGGGCACCACCGAGGCGGACAGCUGCUACGAAACCAAGCUGCCUCAGCCCAUAAACAGUCCCAACCUGCAGGGAGUGAAUAGCAAGCUGGAGACUUGCGGCUUACAUGAGGCGGCGGCCCAUCUGUAUGCUGGAGGUGUGAUGGAUGAUGUAGAGCUCUUAACACCACCCAGUGACCAGCAAGAAUCUGCCCCCAAUAGCGAUGAGGGUUAUUAUGACUCUACCACACCAGGGCCAGAGGAUGAACUUGGGGAAAUCAAGAAGGACCGUCUCCCAAGAGACAGUUACAGCGGUGAUGCACUUUAUGAGUUUUAUGAGCCCGAUGACACCCUGAUGAGCCCCUCUCUCGGGGACGAAUCCUUAUUUGAGAGCAAAGCAUCUCAUCCAGAGAUCUUCAGCCGUUUCUUAGACUUUGCUGUCCCUGCCGAGAAGAACCUUAUUCAGAUGAUGGGGCAGAGCAGCGGAGUGAUGGAGACUGAGGAAGAGAGGCUGGCUGCUAUUCAGAAACAGCUGCUGUAUUGGGAGCUUCAGAGGGAACCAGCUGUAAAACAUCUGGAUGUCCCCAGCAAAGAGAAAUGUCCCAGAGACAAGCAAUACAUUGAAUGUAAUACUAGAGCAGCCAAAUUAAUUGGCAAAAAUCAGAGUUGCCUUGGUAGCGAGCAAGUUGCUUCUCCAGUUUUGAGCAGAAGUGUAGAUGCUGGGAUUUCAGUGUCGAGACUGGAAAAUCCUGAGUGGAGGGACUUUCAAGGGACACAGUGUCCAGAAAAGUAUUACAAUGGCCAAAAAGCCCAAGGAAGUUGCCUUAUUCAGCUCAUGAAAAACAACUCUGUGUUUGAUUCUGAUUUGGAUCAUGCAGUGUUUGGGGGACUAAAUAGCUUAGUCCCAGCCAAAACUGUGACCGUGACCUGUCCCAGCUACAGAACACAUGACCCUGAUAGCUGUUUUCAAAAUGAACACCGCAGCAGAGUGGAAAACUGCCUCAGGGAACCCCAGACAGAAAGUGAAUGUGAACCCGAGCAUGCUGUUAACUUCUCUCAGGCGCUGGUUGAGUUCACUAGCAGCGGCACUCUCUUCUCCAGCCUCUCUGAAAGCCUUGGUAGCUCUGAUUCAGGGUCUUCCUUCACUCAGAACCUUUCUGUCCUUCCAACCAUGGUCACUUUUGACAUAGUGGAUGUGGAGCAGGAAGGUGAGGGAGAAUGUGAGCAGCAUCUGGAGAUGAAUGCCGACGAGGACAUUGCUGCAUCCUUUGAGGCCUUUGAUGACAGCUACGUGCAAAAGGAGUCCUUUGCUGAAUGUGAUGAACGAAUGUUCCCGGGAUAUCCCCAAGACUCUUUCCAGAGCUGUAACUGGGGUGUUGGCAGCCUUCCCCGUCACCUGCACCUGCACGGCUUGAGCCCCUCCAUGCCAGCACCACUCUCCAUCAACAGAAGGAGCAGGUCACUUGACACGGAGAGCUUGGAGUUGGAGCUUGCAGAUAUGCCUCUCUCCAAGAAUGGCCUUAAGCCUUGUCAGCUCUGGUCUAAAUGGGACAGUGGCAAAAAGGACUCUGUCCCCAGGCUGAGCAGAAGCAAGGAUAGCAUUCAGCUGUCUCCUUCCGAAGGAGGAGAAGCUGAUGGGGUCCUUACUUGGCCAGGGUUGCAGCAUGUAGAGUACAAAGCCGAGUUUCCCUCAGGGGGAGAGAAACCGUGGAGCUGUACUCCGACUGCAAGGGCUGCUGUUGUCGAAAGCAACUGGAAUACAUCUGAGCAGUCAGAAGUGAAUUCCCCUUACGUGUCCCUGGGAUGGAACAAUGCCAGGGAGACUCCGGACAGGAUGCCUCAGGAUACUGGGGCCAGUAAUUUAAUGCUUCAGACACCUAGACACAUGGUCAGACCAUCCAAUUUACCUCUGCAGAUUGAGACAAGACAGGCCCAAGAGGUGUCUAGCUCCUACAGGUAUCCUAGAGAAAAUAUGGCCAAAAAGCUGGCUCGCGUGCUACCUUUGGGAGAAAAAGGGGCUGACUUACCUCAGAGCUUCGCUUUCACGCAGUCCCCUAACAAAACAGCAAAGUGCAAACUUGUUGGCAUUACACAAGGAACGCUCCAGUUUCACGAUGGCACUGAGACCUUAAAACCCUCAGCUUGCUUUGCUGAGCGUUAUGGAAGCUCCAGUACAGACCUGCUGAAAGAGGGACCCGUACAUGGGAACACGCUGCCCAUUAGCUGUCAAAGCACUACAGUGAAUGUAACGGUAGCCAAAUAGCUAAUACUGGAGGGCUGAGGGAGGGCAGCCAAGGGUUAACUUUCAGGGAGGGGUGGGGUGGUGGGAGGGGGAAAGUAUACUUCAAUGAGUGGUUUUCAUUUAGAAUUGAUCCAACAAAGAUGAACUCUUCUCUCUUGCAGUUGCAGUUGGGUGCAGUAUGUAGUCACUCACAAUGCUGCUGGUGUUCUGCACUGCUGUGGGUGCUCUGUUGUGGUUUUGUGUAGGCCACCUCCUAGUUUCGUAGACUAAUGCUUGAGGCACCAGUUUUUGUUAGUGUGAACCACCACUCUAUUGACUAUAAUAAACUGUGCAGAGCAAGUAUCAAUACAUAGUGCAGUUGCUGUUGGAAUAAAAUCCCCUGGAAAUAGACUCCCAGUUCAGGCUAGUUUUCUGCAGAUCUAUUUAAAGGAACACCAUCAACUGCCAAAAAUCAUAACUCUGAAUGUUUUUAACAAGAAAUGAAUGGCUGUAACUGUAGCAUCAGAGGGAUGAUAAAUAAUAUCUUCCCAGUGUGUUUGCUUUGUGCAUUUGGCAACACUUGAUACACACUCAGACUUAUGGUUUCACAUGUGUGGUCCUUUCCUCCCAUUUAUGUGGAUCUUUCACACAGUGACAUGGGGAAAAAACAGGAAAAAGUGGAUGUAAAACUAGAAAUUGGCAGGGGACUUGAGACAGGUGCAGUACCUGAAACUACUUAACAAUUAGAACAAUAUUCAAAAGCAAUUAAAGGUUUUUGUUACAAUUUACUUCCGGUGAAGCUUCUUUUUGACAGAUUUUGGAAUGUUUUCCACACUCUCUCUCAUCACCUCAGAUCCCUUCUCAGGGGAGAAGUGAGAGAAAGUAUGGCAUCUGCAUCUAGUUUGUUUUCUCCCCACCAAAGCAAAAAUCAUUCAAAAAGAGAAACAUUUCAAGCCAAACAGAGAACUUUCCUAUAGAUUUUCAUUUUGGUCAAAAAGAUCUUUUCCGUUGUGUGUAGCAGUGGGGAGGGAGUUUUCCAACCAGCUCUAUUUUUAAUUCACUUUAUUUAAACAACACCCCGUGCGCCCCCCCCCCCCCCCCCCAAUAAAAAAGCAACCUACAUGUUGAUGGUGUCCCUUUAAGAAUAAAAUGUCAACAGUCCCCUUAUUUCUUUGGAGUGAUCAAACUUCAUGGUAUAUAAUGUUCAGCCGAAAUAUUUUUCUUAUGUGCUUUGCCCCAUCUCCCUAAGACAUGGGACGUGGCUCUCUGAGCUGUGGUGCAAGUGAAAUAUCUUUUAUAUAAGCUAAGUUGGAUCACGCCCGUAGCUGUUAAGUUGCAGAUGUUGAUGCUUUUCUUCAAAAGUAAGUGUUGUGUUUUGGAUUUUUAUUUUCUUUGCAUACAUUCAUACGAGGAAAGUAUUCUGUUAAUUGGAAUACGGGAUGUAACACAGCCUAAAUUAGGCUUCACAAUUUCUUUCUCCCGUCUGGAGGAAACGACAAAGCUGCACAUAGUGCCACCCUUUUGCUCCCACACCUUGCAGGGACGAUGGAGGAAGUAGCAAGCUGUGGAGAUGCACUUUGCUCUUGAGAGAGGGCUGAUUGCAUUGACAAAGCUCUUGAAAGCACCUGUUUCGGGCUGUUGGAGCAGAGCACAUGUCUAAACGCAAGGAAACUCCUUUGUCCUUGUCAGUCUUAAAUACAUGAUUUCAGUCUCUUAUAUAGAUCUCUUUUCCUCCUAGCUGGGUCUUGCUGAGUCUCUCCAUGCCUCAGUCAAGGUUGAUAUUCUUGGACUUAAUCUGGUUCCUGGUGGACUACAGUGCACUAAAAAAAUUGCCCUUUCCUGUUUUUUUUGUUUGUGAUGCAGAGAGACUUUCUCAAUGGUUUAAAAAUAAAAUUGCAAAAUUUUAAACUAGAAAUAUCAGGUCCUCCUCUUUCUGCCUCCUUUUGGCAAAAUUUUUGGAAGAUCUGAAUAGUGAUGUCCCACAUGUAUCUUUCUAUCACAUACUCUCCCCAGCUAAUACUGAUUCUGAAAUGUGCAUAAAUUCCAGUCACAUCAGAUAACCAGGCUACAACUCUCUUAUCCAAUAACCCAAUUACAAAUAUGUUUCCAGUUUGUAGUGUAGACUGGAGCUUAAUGGUUUUAUAUACCCAGGCUGAAAGUCCCAUCUAUGAUACACAUUUGGAGUCAUGUUCCUAAAUGGAUUAGCAAACAUCUGAAUUGUAACCAGGUGUGACGGUUCCUUCCCCACUCUGAACUUUAGGGUACAGAUGUGGGGGACCUGCAUGAGAAGCUCUAAGCUCAAUUAACAGCUUAGAUCUGGUCUGGCUGCCACCACUCCCAAGUACUAAUU